GGCUGGGGGGCUGCUGUGUGAGGGACAGACUGACAGGCUGGGGGGCUGCUGUGUGAGGGAGAGACUGACAGGCUGGGGGGCAAGGAGAGUGUCAGGCUGUGGGAGACAGAGUUAGACAGUGUAACACACAGAGAGACAGUUACCAGUUGAUGUUCAGGCAGAGAGGAAAGAUCAGACAGUUGCACUGUGAGGGGACCGGCACUCUCAUUUGGUUCUAUUGGAACUAUUAGCAUUUCAGUGUAUACAGUCACAUGGUAACGAGCAAAAGGGACAGAGAUAAGAACUGCUGGGGGCCAACUGAGAAGCUGAUCAUUAACUGUAAUUUCAUGAGAGAGAGUUUUAAGGCAAAGGAAACAUGGAAGACGUCCCUAGCAACGGUUCAUCCUUCCCUGCAAACGUGACAGCGUGCCCUAACGGGACGAGGUGGAUCUGGAUUGCCCUUAAGGAAUGCACUGAGGAUGCUCGGGAUGAAGCCAGCGUCUACAUGGGGCUCUUCUCCAUCCUUUGCUUUAUGGGGGCCUCCUUCCCGCAGUUCUACACAGCGUGCAAGACAGGCAAGAUGGACAAAGCGAUAUCCAUUUGGUUCCUAUUGGGCUGGACAACCGGAGACACAUUGAAUCUUGUGGGGACUUAUCUGGCAGAUCAGCUUCCCCUGCAGAGAUAUACUUCAGCCUAUUAUAUAUUUGCGGAUCUGGUGAUGCUCUGCUUUUACUUCUAUUUCAAACGUCGGAACCAAAGUCCCAGCAGCUUGUAUGCCCCCAUUAAUGCAGUGUGCGGAGUAGCCAUUUUGGGCUCUGUGGCCACUUUCUCUCUUAUCCAAGAGGCCGGACCUGCAGCACUGAGUUCUGAGGAUGUCUUCCAUGGGCGUCGCCUUCUCUCAGCCUAUGGGGAAGAGGGGUUUUCAGUCAAAAAUAAGAUCGGAUUUGCUUGUGGCCUGAUGUCCACUUUGUCCUACUUGAUCUCCAGGCUGCCUCAGAUCUACACCAACUUCAAGAGGAAAUCCACGGAGGGCCUGGCCCUGUCUCUGUUCCUGCUGGUGAUAUUGGGGAACCUGACGUACGGAGCCAGCGUUCUGCUCAAGAACCCCGAGUCGGGGCAGUCGGAGGGAACCUACGUGGUGCACCAUGUUCCCUGGCUGACGGGGAGCCUGGGGGCCGUCUUUUUGGACCUCGUUAUUUUGGGGCAGUUUUUCAGGUAUAAGGGGAGGAGCAACAACGCGCCGGAGCGGGAGCCUCUCCUGCAGCCCAAGGGCGCCACCUACGCCUGACUGGCGUUUCCUUAAAGCGACGGUGCAGCUUGGCCACGCCCCCACGGAUCUGACGGAAAAACGGAGCCGCCCCCUGGACUUUGUUUUAUUUUACUGCAAAAAUACUUGAAAAUUCCUGAUUUUUAUCAGUUUUUAAGAAUUCCGGCCGCAUUCACUGUAGAGUUUUUAGAUUGUGUUUCCUGCUCACUCAUUGGACGGCACGCACUUUAGCAGGUCAUGUGCUUAGGGAGACACUGACACUUCCCCCCCCCCCCCACGCCUGGGGGCAAAUGGUAAGGGAUUGUAUUUCCUUAUAAUGAGGGGCAAGGGAUACAGCUUGUGUGCUUCCUGCUUGUGUGCUGAGCCCUGCCCACUCUGUAGCCAAAUGGGAA